GCGCCGCCGUGGAGGAGACGGCGCGGGCGGCCGGCUGCAGCGUCGCCCAGAACGGCGGCUUCUUCCGCAUGGACACGGGCGAGUGCCUGGGGAACGUGGUGAGCGACGGGCGCCCGGUGAGCAGCGCCGGGGGGCUGCAGAACGCGCAGUUCGGGAUCCGCCGCGACGGGACUCUGGUCACCGGGUACCUGUCUGAAGAGGAGGUGCUGGACACUGAGAACCCGUUUGUGCAGCUGCUGAGUGGGGUCGUGUGGCUGAUCCGCAAUGGAAGUGUCUACAUCAACGAGAGCCAGGCGGCCGAGUGUGAUGAGACGCAGGAGACAGGUUCUUUUAGCAAAUUUGUGAAUGUGAUGUCAGCCAGGACAGCAGUGGGACAUGACCGGAAGGGGCAGCUGGUGCUCUUCCACGCAGAUGGGCAGACGGAGCAGCGGGGCGUUAACCUGUGGGAGAUGGCAGAGUUUUUGCUGAAACAGGACGUGGUCAACGCCAUCAACCUGGAUGGAGGGGGCUCCGCCACCUUCGUGCUCAACGGGACCUUGGCCAGUUACCCAUCAGAUCACUGCCAGGACAACAUGUGGCGCUGUCCACGCCGCGUGUCUACUGUGGUGUGUUUGCACGAGCCCCGCUGCCAGCCACCUGACUGCAGCGGCCAUGGGACCUGCGUGGAGGGGCGCUGCCGGUGCACAGGGCGCUUCUGGCAGGGUGCUGCCUGCGACCAGCUGGACUGUGGCCCCUCCAACUGCAGCCAGCACGGGCUUUGCACGGAGACUGGCUGCCGCUGUGAAGCCGGAUGGACAGGGUCCAACUGCAGUGAAGCCUGCAGCAACGGCUCCUUCGGGGAGGACUGUGCCAUGAAGUGCCAGUGUCAGAAUGGAGCUGCCUGUGACCCGGUGGGGGGGACCUGCACCUGUGCUCCUGGUUUCACUGGACACACCUGUGAGCAGGAGUGUCCCCUAGGCUGGCAUGGGCCAGGCUGCCAGAGGCAUUGUGAGUGUGAGCACCAGUGUCCGUGUGACCCCCAGACCGGCAGCUGCAGCCUGGCCCGGGCGCCAGCCCUUAACAGCAUCCUCUCCCAAGUGAAGCAGUGUCUCCGGCCGUCUGAGGCCACCCUGAGGACAGGAGGACUCUCCCUUCUCACCGGGACCACCUGGCUGGCCCUCACCUUGGCCCUCGUUUUCCUUCUGCUGAUCAGCACGGUGGUGAACGUGUCCUUGCUCCUGGGCUCCAGAGCGGAGCGGAGCCGGCAUCUGGAUGGGGCCUACGUUUACCACCCCCUGCAGGAGAUGAACGGGGAGCUGCUGGCAGGGGAGAAGGAGCAGCAGGGGGAUGCCCACAACCCCUUCAAGGACUGAAGCUGCCCGAUACGGUCGUCGUUCUGCAAAGGAGGUUUCAAGGCCUCUGACCAUCUGGGUGAUCUCAGCCCUGGUGCAAGCCAAGCUUCUGAUAGCAUCUGUGCCUCAGCCCCUCAUCUGGCCCUGGGCCCUCACCUGGUCACCUGCCGUGACCCGAGCAACCCUCGCGGUACAGUGCUCCCCACAGAGACCCCCUCCUGCCCUGCCUGCCUGUGUCUGCUGCCCGUGGGGCCUGCGCCGCUGCCAGAGAGCCUCCGGCCUCCUGAAGCAGGAGCCGCUAGCGAUGGAACUCGCCGUGACCGCACCACGACCGAGUGGCAGGGUCCAGCCAGUCCCCCUGGGCAGGGGUGGAUUAAAGAGACAAUGGCCACAUCACGGGAUCCUUUUCCACAGACGUCAUCUUGGAAUUUGCCACUUGGAAUUCUACUUCCUGUCAUAGGAAGCUGCUUGGAGGGGACGGGAUGAAAUCAUGUUUACAAGCUCUCCAUUUUGGCAUCCGGCCGCCAGGAGAGGUUUUCUAUCACUUGAAUAAAUUGAUGUAAUAAAAGGAGCCCCGGGUGGAGUCUGA